AUGGCGAACCGGAGGAUAUCCACAUUUGUAUCUCUCACUGCAACGGCCGAUCGUGGGCAGCCUGCUCGCCCAAAGAGUAGCGAAGAGAAGAAAGAAAUGUGGUCGUCGUUACUGGACAGCGUAUCAACCGGAAAGCGAUUACCCGAAAAGAGCGUACUGGUCUUAGGUGGCUCGCCGGACACCCAGAGAGACUUCCUGGAGUCACUCAAUACCGAUUCAGCAAGUAAAAGGAGGCCUCUAGAUAGAGGCAAGAAACCACCUGUAGCGAAUCAAUUUGCCCUGGGCUACACAUACCAAGAUGUCCUAGACGACGAUCACGAAGACACGCUCGCAAGAUUAUCUUUAUACUUAUUGAACAACCCCUCUCCGUCUUUCACGCCUCUACUGAAACCUCUACUUACUCCGCGAACUCUCCCGCAUAUGCUUCUCGUUAUACUUUUAGAUUGGAAUGAGCCCUGGGCAUGGCUACGGCAGCUACGAGACUGGAUACGAGUGUUUCGUGGCCUACUGCUAUCACUGGACAAUGACUGUAAAGACGCUCUGGAAGAGAAUAUUUUGCAUCUCCAAAAAGGCCGCGGUGCAACCGGCGAUAACAUAGAUCCUGGUGACCAGAUCCCGCUUGGGCCUGGGGAAUGGGACGAGCCUCUCGGAAUACCACUAUGCGUCGUAUGCCAAAACGCAGACAAGAUAGAGCAGCUAGAGAGAGAAAGGGGUUGGAAAGAGGAUGACUUCGAUUUUGUGCUGGAAUGCCUACGAACAGUAUUGCUCAAGCAUGGCGCAUCGCUUGUGUACACGAUGCCGUCGAGACCUGGCUCUCUUCAGUCAUUGGUACACUCUUCGCUUGCGAUCCAAGCAACUCUGAAGCGGCAAUCCCUGAAAUACAAUGUUACGGACCGAGAUAACAUAUUGAUACCCCACAAUUGGGACUCAUGGGGGAAAAUCAGGACUCUGCGUGAAGGCUUUGAUAUCGAGGGAAUGAGCAAGCUAUGGUCGUUGGAUAUUCAGACUGGCGAUACCGAAACUGAAGAUCAGACGGCGGUUGGUAUCUACGAGGAAACCGUACAAGACCCAAUGGCUGUGUCACAAGGCUUCUCUGGAACAACUAAUAAAGCAAAUGGCAUCGAGGUGGAGAGCAUAGAUAAUCAGGCUUUCUUGACCACACAACAAGAGAUUCUAGACAAGCUUCGAGCUGAAGAUGACGAGAGUAAGACGAAGGACCGAGAAGCAAAAAGAGGCAAGGCCAUUGCAUACAAUGAGCCUGCAAGCAAUGUUGUGACCGAUCAAAUUGGGCCUGUACAAUUCAACAUGGGCGGUAUACAAGUCGACGCAGAUGACAUCUUAAACAAGAUCAACGCACGCGAGACAGAACGUUCAGGCAGUCCGGUAAAGGGGCUGCUUGGUGAAGGCUCUAAUGACGCACAAACGCUGCCUAAUGGCGCCGAAGAGUCAAAUGAGACACUAAAGAACUUCUUUGCGGGGCUAAUGAACAGGAAAUAG